GCGGCAGAUAAAGCAGAUUUUGGCCUGGAGAUAGAUCAGGAGUUUGUUUUUGGACCAAUUUUUGAGGUUUCUGUGACACACUCAAAUGGAGAUAUUGAAUACGCAGUUGGAUAUUGUGUCAAGGGUCCCCAAAGCCACCUCCAGGUUCAUUGAUUCACUAGGAAGACUCAACCAGACUCAGCUGUGGUUCACUGCUAUGAUUUAAUAUAGCAAGAGGACAGAAAGCACAAUCAGCAAGAGAGAAGAUGCAUGGGACAAAGUCUUGAGGAAACCAGAAGCAGUCUUCCAAACCAAGAGUCCUCUCCCGGUGGAGUCACACAGGACAUGCUUAAUUCCUCCAUCAACAAAUUAUGACAACAUAUGUGAAAUGUCUAUCAGGAAAGCUCAUUAGCGACUCAGGGCCCAGAGUUUUUAUUGGGACUUGGUCAUAUAUGCACCCUCUACUGAGGAUGUACAGAAAUUCCAGCCUCUCGGAAGGAAAGCAGCUAUUCAGCAUAAAUCAAACUGUCCAAACAGUUUAGGCACAGUGAACCACUUCUGUCCAUUUUGGGAAUGUUGAGAACCCUCCUGAAAUUCAAGUUCCUAGACAUUAACCAAGGGUCACCUUGCAAGCUGACCUUUCUAAGGAUAGCAGUCUCAGGCCUACUAUAUUAACUCUUUUCUGCACAGAUAUACAAGUCUGGAAUUUGGAAGGUCUGGAAUGGGGAUACAGAUUAAGAAGUAGUUGGUAUAUGGGUGGUAUUUAAAGCCAUAGAAAUGUCUGUUGUCUUGAUGUGCCACUUGUCAAAACUGAUUGCUAGACUGAGCUGGAUGAAGAGAAUGUAGAAGAGAAGAGGACCAGAGACUGAGCCCUGGUGUCCUCCAACAUUAAGAUGUCAGGGAGAAGAGAAGGAAGCAGCAGAGGAGUCUUGAGAAGCAGCAGCGUGUCAGGUUACAUGCGCCAUGGCGAUGACCAGUAUCCGAUUGCCCUCCAGUGCUUUAAGAAAGGACGCCUGGAUUGGCCUCUGGGGAGUGCUGCGAGGGACACCUUCACACAAACUCUGUGCUUCUUGGAAUCGGUGCCUGUAUUUUUCUAGUACCAAAUUCAAUGCAUCAGGUUAUAAAACACUUUUCCAUAACAUUUUCUCACUGAGACUCCCAGGGCUUUUAAUAUCUCCAGAAUAUAUUUUCCCCUUUUCCAUAAGACUCAAAAGUAAUGUAAGUUCUAAAAAAUCCACUAAAAAGACUCUUCAAAAAGUCGAUGAUGAAGAGGACUCUGAUGAAGAGAGAGAGGACAGGGCGAUGGGAGAGCAGGAGGAGGAGCUGGAGGGCGACCCCGCGGUGGUCAGGGACUACAAAGACCUGGAAAAAGUGGUGCAGUCUUUCCGGUAUGACAUCAUCCUGAAGACCGGCCUCGAUGUGGGAAGAAACAAAGUGGAAGACGCAUUCUACAAAGGUGAACUCAGGCUGAACGGGGAAAAAUUAUGGAAGAAAAGCAGAACGGUGAAAGUAGGAGAUACAUUAGAUCUUCUAAUUGGAGAAGAUAAAGAAGCAGAAACAGAGACAGUGAUGCGGAUUCUCCUGAAAAAAGUGUUUGAAGAGAAGACUGAAAGUGAAAAAUACAGAGUGGUGUUACGACGGUGGAAAAAGUUAAAAUUGCCUAAAAAGAAUAUACUUAAAUAAAUGGAUUGCUUUUUACUGAUAAAUCUGCAUUCUAGUGGUGGGGGAAGGAGCUACCUUAAAAAGCAGAUAUUUUCAUUAAAAUAAAGUUCUACUGUUUGGAAUCUGCUGAGCCAUUUUGUGGAAAUCAGGAUCCGUAUG